CUCUGCCAAUUUUUUUUUCUAGGUACACGAAAAUGAAGACUGCCACCAACAUCUAUAUUUUCAAUCUUGCAUUGGCAGAUGCCCUAGCAACAAGUACUCUGCCAUUCCAGAGUGUGAAUUACUUGAUGGGAACCUGGCCAUUCGGUACCAUCCUUUGUAAGAUUGUUAUAUCCAUAGACUACUACAAUAUGUUCACCAGUAUCUUCACGCUCUGCACCAUGAGUGUGGAUCGCUACGUGGCCGUUUGCCACCCAGUUAAGGCCCUUGAUUUCCGUACUCCCCGAAAUGCCAAAAUUGUCAAUGUCUGCAACUGGAUUCUUUCCUCUGCCAUUGGCUUGCCAGUUAUGUUCAUGGCAACUACUAAAUACAGGCAUGGCUCAAUUGACUGUACACUUACAUUCUCCCAUCCUGCUUGGUACUGGGAGAACCUCCUGAAAAUCUGUGUGUUCAUCUUUGCCUUCAUCAUGCCAGUCCUGAUCAUUACCGUGUGUUACGGGCUGAUGAUUUUACGCCUGAAGAGCGUCCGCAUGUUAUCCGGCUCCAAGGAGAAGGAUAGGAACCUGCGGAGAAUCACAAGGAUGGUUCUUGUGGUGGUGGCAGUGUUUAUUGUCUGCUGGACUCCCAUCCACAUUUAUGUUAUCAUUAAAGCCCUGGUCAACAUCCCAGAAACUACUUUCCAGACUGUCUCCUGGCACUUCUGUAUUGCUCUAGGGUAUACAAAUAGCUGCCUUAAUCCAGUCCUUUAUGCAUUCCUAGAUGAGAAUUUCAAAAGGUGUUUCAGAGAGUUCUGCAUCCCCACUUCCUCAACCAUUGAGCAGCAAAACUCCACCCGAGUCCGACAAAACACUCGUGACCAUGCUUCCACUGCCAACACGGUGGACAGGACUAACCAUCAGUUGGAACUUCAAGAAGCUGAAACUACUCCACUGCCGUGACAGGGUCUCCUGCUGCAUGGCUCUCAGAGCAGUUGCCACUGCCACAGUGUGCUAGUGGGAACAUGCAGGAUAUGCUUUCCCUCAAAAAAAUACCACAGAGGAAAGUGCCUGCUUUUCCAAUCUGUCAAAAAUUGCUUCUGCAGCACAUCUGCAUUGCACAUAACAGAAGCAUGAGAUGUAACAGCGAGCAGAGCCAGGAGGUGCCGGGGCCUUCCCGGCUCCAGUGUUCGCGGCAGUCCUGCUUGCCAGGAGCACAUACUUUAGUCUAAAACAAAGCUGCUGUGCCUGUAGCAACCUGGCAUUCCUUUGGUAAGUCACAGUGCUGUUAAAAUAGGUUGGAAACAAAAAUUCAAAGGCUAGACAACUAUAGUUUGAAAAAUAAGGUGAGCUUUUGAGGAUGGAAAAUAAUGGGAUAUGAAGUUGUAAUACUGUUGGGUGCACUCUAUUUACUCUUAAAAUUUAUUUGUUGAGGUGUUUUCUGUGCAGGUUAUUUGCGUGCUGAGGUCUCACGAGGUCAUGUAGAAAAACACAUUUGUAGUUCAAGAGGACUUCUCUUGUGAGGGUUGCGUGUUCUGCAGUUUCAAAGGAAAAUUUUUUUCGGUGAUCCCAUAACAAAAAAAAACCCACAUCCACACUUCAUCUUCUCCUUCUAGUUCACAUAUACUAAAAAAAGAUUUUAAAAUCAAAACAAUGAGCUAUCACUUUUUCUAAAAGAGAUGAGUAAAUUAAAGUAUUCUCCAUUGUUACUGAUUGUCAAAUGAUCCCCAAAACAGCAUAUAUUAACAUAAAUUUCAUUGUGAAUAAAAAUGUAGCUAUAAGCCUGACAGAGCUUGCACAGGCUGAUGAUGUCUUCUCUUUCAAGUAGUUUCUCAAAUUUCAGCUGCUCUGCAGCAUUUUCAGUUUGUAAGUAAACGACAGCACCUAUGUGAAGUACUUGGAGCAGUUAAUGCAUUAGACUUUUUUUUAAAAAAAAAAGAAUUAAAAAACAGUCUGCUAGACAUCUAUUUUUUCUUAACCAAGCACAUAGUAUGUUUGCUUUUCUAGUUUACAUGAUACAGUCUGCAUCUGCAUUUUGUGUUAGUUGCUAAAACACAUUAAGAUUUCAGGAAGAAACAUUGUGCUGCAGCAAAUGCCUUCUUAGCUGUUUUCUCGUAUGAAAAUUAGAAAUACCCAUGUAGAUAAUUCGUGGUGCAAUGGUAUUUUCUAGACGUUGUUUGUUACUUGCUUUGUAAAUAAAUCAUCAGUAGUUAACUGGGGGGAAAUGUACUUUGAUGAAUUUAUGUGUAUUCUGAAAUACAAUUAUAUAGAGGAGUUUUUUUUUUUGUCUUUUUGCAGCGAAAAUGUAUUUCUUAUUUUCAAUUGUUAAAGUCUGUGUAUCAGUGAGGUUAUAAUGUGAAAUUGUUUCUGCCAUAGACUGCAUAAUAAAGAUUGAAGACCAAAUCCUUGCAAGUUGUAAAUUAAAGGAUUAUUUGGGUUUCAUCACUGUGUUGCAGCUAAAUAUGUAGCCUAUAUAUCAGCAGAAUAUAAAGCUAGAUAUAACAGAAGUGCCUUAAUUUUUUUCUCUUUCUGUUGAAAAUUCCACUGUGUGGUCAUAUAGAUUUAUGUUUAAUUUUUGUGUUAGUUUAGCUGUAUCGCCUCAUAGGCGUGAUUAAAGCUUAAACCAGUCAUCACCAUUCUAAGAAGUUUUGCAUCUAAUUUUUAAACAGCGUAAGAUAGGCACUUGGAAGAAGUUGAUACACUGUUUUACACCAUACAGUAGUAUUACUUAAAUAACAAAACCAACAUAGAAUACACUAGAUUUAUAUGGACUAACAUCCUAUGACAUUAUUACCUGAUUGAUGGAUUCAGAGUACUCUGACAUGCUCACAUACAACAAUCAAAUAAUUUUAAAAUAUUGGAACGACUAUUUGGAAAGUCUUAACUGAUAGACCAAAAACAUGCUUAAGUGAACUUAAGGUCAUAGUUUUGUGAGUAGACAAAAGUUCAGCUUUCACAAAAUUUACAUAAUUCAUUGAAACCAUUAUUUCUUCUUUACUUUGAAUGAAGCACACAGGCAAAAUACUGUGACUUGCCAGCAGACAGCCAAAUAUUUUUAAGGACAUUUUCUGUUUCUGCAGUCCAACAAUUGAGAAACCUGACUGUAAAUAUGUUUAGCAGUAAUAAUGUAGCCUUGAUUGUUUAAGGAUAUGAGGAAGUAAAUUUUAUUAGCAGAGCACUAGCAAAAACUAAGAAAAAUGUAUUUUUUUCCAUAAGGCUUUAAUGUUCAUUGGUAGUGCUUUGCAGUAAAUAAGAGUAUUAUUACACAACUUCUGUAUCUGCAUUGUAAACCUUUAAUAAAAGUGUCUGUUUCUUGUGGAUUUGCACUCAA